AUGCCUCGAGUCUUCCUGGUGAGGAGUCGGCGUCCACAACCACCUAACUGGGGCCACCUGCCUGACCAGCUCCGGGGAGAUGCCUAUGUUCCAGGUGGGCCCCUCACUGUGUCUGGGGAUAAGGGGCCGGCGAAGAGGCAAGGCGUCACCACCAUGUUUCUCUCCUCAGACUGCAGCAGCCUGGCAGUGCCACCCGCACACCAUCCUUCUCGCCUUGGGGACCCUUGGGCAGUGCCCAUGCAGGGAACCCUGACCUCUGCUCCCAGGGGCCCUGGGACACUUGGCUGCCCUCUCUGCCCCAAAGCCUUCCCACUGCAGCGCAUGCUGACUCGGCACCUCAAGUGCCACAGUCCGGCUCGCCGCCAUGUGUGCCGCUGUUGUGGCAAGGGCUUUCACGAUGCCUUCGAUCUCAAGCGCCACAUGAGGACUCACACUGGAAUCCGGCCAUUCCGUUGUGGAGCCUGCGGUAAAGCAUUUACCCAGCGAUGCUCCCUGGAAGCACAUCUUGCCAAGGUGCACGGGCAGCCAGCCAGCUAUGCUUACCGUGAGCGCAGGGAGAAGUUGCACGUGUGUGAGGACUGUGGAUUCACCAGUUCACGGCCCGAUGCCUAUGCACAGCACCGCACCCUGCAUGGGGCCACCUGAGUGAGACUGUACCAGCAUCCUACCCGUGAAGCAAAUAAAUA